AUGUCGCAUGCCGAAAUCUCCGGCAAUUUCAGCAUCGCUGAUCGCUCCGUAGAUGGCCGAUUCGCGGAGCGUACCGUAAUCGCGUGCUUCAUCGGUAUUUCCUGGUAUAAUGCCUUGGAAUUGAUUGUUCUGUGCUUCACGACCUUCAAGCGAUAUGGCGGUUGUUAUUUCUGGUGUCUUCUCAUCUCCUCCUUCAGUAUCAUCCCUUUCGGUCUCGGAUAUGUCCUCAUCAUCUUCAAGAUAUACGCCAACAUGUUCCCUGUGGCGAUGGAGCUAGUGGCUUGGAUUGGGAUGGUAACAGGCCAGUCCCUAGUCCUCUGGUCUCGAUUGCAUCUUGUAUGUCACAAUCCAACUGUCCUUCGCGCCACCCUCGCCAUGAUCAUCGUCGACGCGAUCGUCCUGCACAUUCCCGGAUCCGUGCUCGAGCUUGGCAGCCAUUCGAACAAGUCCUACAUCUUUACCCACGGAUUCAACAUCUUCGAGCGCAUCCAAUUGGUCGGGUUCUCUAUACAAGAAAUCAUUCUCUCCAUCAUCUAUUCCUGGGAAGCUGUGAGGUUACUGAAUCUCCGCCCAAGAGGCCGUUACCGAGGUACCCUGGUCCAACUCUUGAUCGUGAAUGUGGCCAUGAUUAUCAUGGAUUCCGCCAUCAUCGGAGUACAGUACUCGGGCUUCUUCGACAUCCAUGUCGCCCUCAAGGGAAUGGUCUACAGUGUGAAACUCAAGCUGGAAUACGCGAUCCUCGGCAAACUGGUGGGCAUCACCGAGAACGGCGGCAGCGGCAGCUCGGCCCUGACCGACCUGUCGGAGUUCGUGGAUCUUUCUUUCCAGAAUCCUGGCACCCAGCCGGAUAGCGACAUGCACGCAGAGAAUGCAGAGUACAGCGCACACUCUCGUAGGCGAGCCUCCUCCAAGGGCUCCUCCACCGACCCUCUGAGAGGGAAUAUCUCUGCUGUCUAG